AUGUCGGCCCCGCCGCACAAUGCCGUCGUUAACGGUGAAAAUUUGGCUAAAAACGAAACGAAUACCAUCCAACAACCACCGAAUUCGCCUAAUUUGGCUUCUUGCGACUCUUUCCUAUUUGGUCGACUCAAGAAACCGCUCCGGGAAACGUGUUACAUCACCCCAGAUGAGAUCAUAGUAAAAUCGAAGAUGGUUCUGAUGGCUAUACUGCAAACCCAUUAUAAAAAAUGUUUCGGGGAUUUGAUCAAGCGCUGGCACAUGUGCGCCGCAGUCCGCGGGGAGUACUUUGAAGGCGACAAUAUCGAUUAUGAUGAAUAA